AUGUGGAGAAAUUGUGUUGUAGACCAACUGGAACAGAUCUUCAAAUACUGUGCUGCUCUUGAAGAAUUGCCACAUUCAUUCGACGAGACUUUGAUAGACAACCUUGUCGACAAAGUUGACUUUAAGGACUGUCGACUAAAUGAUUUCGUUAAGAAGAGCUUCUCAUCCAUAAACUUCGAAACUGAUGCUUCUGUGACUAUCUCUCUACUGAUCCGUCUUUAUUCGAAAUACUGUCAGUCUCUCAGUGAUGGUGGAAUGAACAUUGCUAGGCAGUUGGAGCGUACUGAAGUACUACUGCAACAAAAUCGACCGGCUAAAGUGCUCUCCGACCUUUUUGCACUGUAUACAUCAUGUUAUCGCUUCAGACAAAAAGGCGAAUGGAAAAGCGUAAUUCUUUGGUCUGUUUCAUUUCUGCCUAAUGAAGGUGUCAGUAUCUUCAUCCGACGUCAAAUUAGUGAUUUUCUAUGUCUGACGAAAGACAAUGAGGAAGUGCAGCUGUUUCUGCUAACCGUCGUGGAAUUGUUUUCUCGCACGGACUCCACUCAUGUGAGGAACGAUGCCGCUCGUGUGCUAAUGCAUUUUGCUGAUCACUUGAGCGGUGACCAGAUUCGAGUUAUUAUAAGUACCGUGCAGUCGAUCGGUAUGGCUGGUGAUGUCGUCUACGGGUUGGCUGCAAAAGUGCAACCGGACAUGGAGUUGGUGGGUGAUCUUUCGCCUAGCAAAUGGAAGGAUGAAUCAGCGAGGUGUCAAUUGAUCAUAAAACAUUUGCAGCAGUCAACAAGGUGUCACGAUGUAGACCUGCUUGCUUCUGUAUUUCUGUCUCCGUGUAUGAAGUUGGGGUGGUUCGUUGAUGUAAUCGAGCUACUAGAUGACAAGGCGCUCCGCGAGUAUCUUCCAGGAGUCCAUCAGAUUUUAAUGGAUCGACGUCGUUCACCGCUGUCAGACCUGCAGUUAAUGUUAUCGAAAUUAUCCGCUCGUCUCACUCUUAGUGAGAUAUCUGCGGUACUGGACUGUUGUUUCUCAAGAUUAUUGGAAUCUCCUUCCCUAAUAGAAGCCGUCUGCAAGGUGCACGGUGCUGAUUGCUUAAGCCAUGCAGCUAUGACCGUUAUCCGUGAUAGGCUUGCUGUAGAAGUCCACAAAGUGUUAUGUUGCUUUAUCUUGGCUGGGUUCCUGAAUAUUGAACCGGGAAACGAAGCUGAAGUUUCAUUUUUGAAGUACGACCUUGGUAACUGGGUUCCACAAUUCCAUACAACUAAGAACAUUAAUUGUAGCCGUCCUAGAAAAGCCAAUUUCCAAACCAGGAAACCUAUCUACAAGGGCUAA